AUGACAAAGUUGUUGGUAUAUCUUGCUUUCAUCAUUUAUUGUGGCCAAGCUCCUAACCCAGCACCGAUGCGAAAUGGAGGAGGCGCGGAGAUUAUCACAGAUUAUAAAGUUGACAAGUUAUGGGAUGAUGGCUCCUUAAUACAAACGACGCAAGUGGAAGAAUCAAUGCUGCCAAAUUGUGACAGAAUGGAAGAUGGAACAGUGUCUAUUUUGGAAGAGAAACCAUUGCUGUUUGUGCGAAACACUCUUAAUUUGAUAAAGUGA